AUGAGCAGCGCCUGACUUACUGCGUGCGCUGUGGGAGUUCGAGACGGUUUCUUUUUCCUCUUCUCUCCCGUUGCCUAUUCCCGCCCACUUCAUCAGAUCGGACACCGACGGCAAGAGUAACUACUCACAAGCCUCAACUGGCAACAACUUUUUUUUUUGCGCCUGUGUUUGUUUUUCUUUUUAAUUUUUUUUAAAAAAAAGCGGAAAGGGAAGAACAGGAAUAGAAUAAAGUUAUUCCGUGGACGCCCGGGCUCGCUGUCGCCUGCACUUGUCCAUGGCGUGGCCGUGCUGAGGCAGCUCGGGGUCCGGCUCGGUGGCGGUGUCGUCUCGUCGCUCAGUGUCUGCCCGCGCUCCACGAUGGCGCGCUGCUGCCUGUCCGAGGAGGACAAGGAGUCUCAGCGCAUCAACGCCGAGAUCGAGAGACAGCUGCGGAGGGACAAGAAGGACGCCCGCCGGGAACUCAAGCUGCUGCUGCUGGGCACCGGUGAGAGUGGCAAGAGCACGUUCAUUAAACAGAUGAGGAUCAUCCAUGGAGAUGGCUACUCGGAUGAAGACAGGAGAAAUUUCACAAAGCUUGUAUUUCAAAACAUAUUUACUGCAAUGCAGGCCAUGAUCAGAGCCAUGGACACACUCCGGGUGCAGUAUAAGAUAGAAAAAAACAUUGACAAUGCAAAUAUGAUCAGAGAAGUAGAAGUGGAUAAAGUAUUCUCUUUUGAAACACCAUAUGUUGAAGCAAUAAAGAAAUUAUGGAAUGAUCCCGGGAUCCAGGAAUGCUACGACAGACGGCGAGAAUAUCAGUUAUCAGAUUCUGCCAAAUACUAUCUUAGUGAUGUAGAUCGGAUUAGUUCAGCAUUGUAUAUACCAACUCAACAGGAUAUACUGCGGGUCAGAGUACCAACAACUGGAAUCAUCGAAUAUCCUUUUGAUUUGGAGAACAUAAUCUUCAGGAUGGUAGAUGUUGGAGGUCAGAGGUCAGAACGAAGGAAAUGGAUUCACUGUUUUGAGAAUGUCACCUCAAUCAUUUUCUUAGUGGCACUUAGUGAAUAUGAUCAGGUCCUGGCCGAGUGUGAUAAUGAGAAUCGAAUGGAGGAGAGUAAAGCAUUAUUUAAGACGAUUAUCACCUAUCCCUGGUUUCAUAGCUCUUCGGUCAUCCUCUUCUUGAACAAGAAGGAUCUCCUGGAAGAAAAGAUCAUGUAUUCUCAUCUAGUUGAUUACUUCCCAGAAUAUGAUGGUCCACAGCAAGAUGCCAAAGCAGCACGAGACUUCAUUUUGAAGACUUAUCAGAAUCAGAACCCUGACAAAGAAAAGGUCAUCUACUCUCAUUUCACAUGUGCUACAGAUACAGAGAAUAUACGGUUUGUCUUUGCUGCUGUCAAGGACACUAUCCUACAAUUAAACCUGAAGGAAUUUAACUUGGUAUAAAGGACAAACAAUAUAUUCUUCAUCAUUUAAUAUUUUUUAAUGCUCGAGUUUUACGUGCAAGUUUAGUUGUAUUAGGAACCUGCAAACUUACCAAUUUUACCAGUUGUACAGCAAACUUGGUAAUAUUGUACAGACGUUUAAUUUCAGAUUCGAUCUCAAUUUUUUUGGGAAUUAUUUCGUCAAAUAGUUAAGAGUUUUUCUGUUUGAAUAAAAACAAUGUGUGCUGGCAAUGUAUGGCACAUUUCUGACUCAAAUGAAGACCUUUAAUAGCUUUUGUGGUUUAAAACAAUCCUGGGGAUCACGUCAAAAGAAAUAAAUAUGUUUUUCCUAAACGUGCUUAUUUCACAGUUCUAAGUACUGAAAACACACUUAUAUUUACUUUCAUGUAUGGCACUCUAUCAAAAACACAUUGUAAAAUUUCUGGAAUCCAGUAGUUUACUGAAUGCAGCUAAUUACCUAAAAUAAAAAUAACCAUAUUUUUCUAUAGUUUGCAUAAUUUAAGUUACAUUUAGUACAUGGAGCAGUUUUAGUUAUUUGUUUAAAGAGAACUCUAAAUGAUUGCUGAACAAACAAGUUCUUAGGUGUUACUUUCAACAUUUAAAAAUGUCAUCCAGUCAUUCUAGAGUUAUAGUCAUUAAACCACAGAUGCAUUCAACAUUUAAAUUCUAGCAUAAGUUGUUGCAGUAAACAUGUGAAAAACACGGUUUACCACCUCAGACAAAUUUUAAUGGAAUUCAUUAGCAAAGAAUGGUGUACAAUGCUUUCCUCCAACAGGUGAAAGGUUUAUAUGACAAGGUGAAAUAUACGUUAGUUUGCCAAUUCCAAAGGCCUGUGUUCCUAAACAGUGUGGUAUGUACCUUAAUACUAGAGUUGUAAAACAUGGAAGAAACAAGGCUUGAUAGGACAUUUUUCUACCAGCUACUGAAAGGAGUUACACAUUGGUACAUCAAUGUUUGCAAGCCUUUGUAAAUAUGUAUCCUAUAUAUAUGCAUAUCUAUAUAUAUAGCACUUUUUUUAGCCCUGUAAGUUGUUUAUCAUGGUUAAAUAGGAAUAUUUGUUGAAAGGAUAACUAUCAGCAAUUUCAACUGUACAGGUUUUCCCUGACAAUUUAGGAGUGCAAGAUAAAAAAAAGUCUGUUUUGAAGUUUUAAGUGACAGUGCACAUUUUUGCCAUUAAUCUCAUUUUGACUUUUAUAAUUCAAUUCACUGCUGUUUUACAUAUGAGGUUACUAUAAUCUUUCCAUUUCAACACGUAUCUAUUUUUAUUAAUUUUUUAGUUUAUGCAAUACAGUUUUUGAAUAUCAUUAAGUUGCCAUUGGAUUUGAAUUUCAGUUGUAAAAAAAAUCUGUAUUUUGCCAUAUCAUUCCAUGAAAUGUACCUGGCAUAAUGCACUUGCUUGAGUUUGUCUGCAGUCAUUAUGCUUUUUAUUACACCAUAAAUAUUUAAAGAAUUACA